AUGGCAACUCUGCGCUGCUUAUAAAUAGAGAGGGUUGGGUUAUAGCCUUCUUCAAAAACUAAACACACUGAAAAUUCCCAAAAGCAACUGUAAUCACCAUGUCAUCCCUUAACUUUUCAGGCGAUAUCGAUAAAUUUUCCGGCGAAAUGUCUGAGGUUGAUGUCCAAAUUGUCACCUCCGGCGGCCUCCGCAUUCCGGCACAUUCCGCCGUUCUGGCUGCUGCUUCGACGGUUCUGGAGAACAUACUAGCUCGGCCGGGAAAGCGGCGGAGCUCCGAGAGAACGAUUCGGAUUCUUGGCGUGCCGUGCGACGCCGUUUCCGUGUUUAUCCGGUUUCUCUAUUCUUCCAAGUGCACUGAAGAGCAGAUGAAGAGACAUGGGAUCCAUCUGCUAGCACUUUCUCAUGUGUACUUGGUACCGCAGCUGAAGCAGAGAUGCACAAAGGGGUUGGCCGAGCGAUUGACGAUUGAGAAUGCUGUGGAUUUGCUUCAACUUGCGAGACUAUGUGAUGCACCAGAUCUAUAUCUUAAGAGUAUGAAAUUUUUGUCUAGCAAUUUCAAGAAAGUUGAGGAGACUGAGGGCUGGAAAUUCCUUCAACAGCAUGAUCCCUGGCUUGAACUUGAAAUUCUACAGUUCAUGGAUGAGGCUGAGUUGCGGAAGAAGAGGACAAGGAGACACAAACUGGAGCUGAGCUUGUAUUUACAGCUAAGCGAAGCGAUGGAUUGUUUGGAGCACAUUUGCACUGAAGGAUGUACUAGUGUGGGGCCAUUAGAUAAAGAACCUUCCAUCAAGAGGCAGCCAUGUAGCAAGUUUGAUACCUGCCAAGGGCUUCAGUUUCUGAUUCGACAUUUUGCUACUUGUAAGAGAAGGACCAAUGGAGGUUGUUUGCGAUGCAAGCGCAUGUGGCAGAUCCUAAGAUUACACGCAUCCAUUUGUGACCAACCAAACGAUUGCCAGGUUCCCCUUUGCAGACAAUUCAAAUUGAAGGUGCAACAAAAGGGUGAUGACGAGCUGUGGAAAUCACUUGUUAGAAAGGUAGUGUCAGCCAGGGCAAUGUCUUCUUUAUCUCUGCCCAAAAGAAAGAGAGAAGAGGAACCAAAAAUGGACUUAAACCAUCAUCAAGUGAUGAACUUCAGGUUGGCAGCUUAGUGUCAAAAGUGUGUUUCAUAUCGUAAGGCGAACUUGAUCUUUGUAAAUAGACCAUCAAUGGAAUGUAAUUUAGUUUUUUACCAUUUCAUAUUUCCUACUGUAGAGGCCUAUUCUAUAUGUUUAUUUAUUAUUUCUGAGUCAGUCCUUUAGUAGAUGAAGAGUAUUGUAUCAACAAAAGAGUUGUAUACAAAAAGAAUAAUUGUACAACUACUGUGUGGUAGUCUGUGUAUAUAUAUAUCUUCAUUUUGUGUAAUAAAAUUAGCCAACUAUAUGCUUCAUAUA